AUGGGCUCGCGCAUCCUGGGCCCAUGGUCAGUAGGUGACGAUUUCAAUAUGGUCCUAACCACAACAGAGAGACAAAGCAAUAGAAGCCAGGAUUUGGGCAGCAACACGGAAUUUGCUGAUGCUAUGGAUCUCGCGGGAUUGAUCGAUGCGGGAUUUAGCAGAAACAGGUUCACUUGGAGCAACAAUCAAGCGUAUAGAUCCCGGGUUUGGGCGCGUUUAGACAGGGUUUUUUGCAAUGGAAGCUGGAUUAAUGUCUUUUCCGGAUUCCACAUCAAGCACCUCCCUCACGUCAACUCCGACCAUUGCCCUUUGCUCUUUCUUUUCCCCCCUAUCAGGCACUCCUUGCCUAAGUCCUUUCGUUUUCAGCGAAUGUGGACCUUACAUCAGGAGUACCCCAAUAUAAUCAUGCAGGCUUGGAGGGAAGAUCUUUCUGAUCUACCUUUGACAAAUCUCAUGCUGAAAAUGCGAAAGGUGAAGAUCCAUCUGAAAGAGUGGAAUAAGUCAGUUUUUGGCAACAUUUUUCAACAACUCAAAACGGUGGAACAGUCCAUUGCUAGGUUGGAAGAGCAAGAUCAAGCAUCGCAGCAAAUCAGCCAGGAGGAUCUCCUUAAAGCUAGAAAACACCUUGAGCAUCUAGAAUUGGCUGAAGAAAUUUUUUGGAAACAAAAAUUCCGCAACAAUUGGUUGAAGGAAAGCGACCGAAAUACAAAGUAUUUUCACAUGUCAGCCACAAUAAGAUCAGGAGGGCUAGUAUUGAGGAAAUUCAGCUGGAAUCUGGCAUCCCCACCUCAGACCCAAAGAUGA